UUUCUUCCACGCAGACGGGUUCUGAUCAGCUCACCUCGUGACUUCUCUUCCCCUCCUCGUCUCCCGAUCGAUUGCUUCCUCCCUCCACCGACGCGGAGGGGAAGCGCAGCCCAGAUCGCCGGAGGCGAGCGGCGACCUCUCUCCAGCUCCGAGAAGCCGCAGCAGGGUGGGGAACGAACUCCAUCGAACAGAGUCAACGGCUGCGGCUGCGGCUGCUUUACCGGGCAAGCCGUGUGCCCCCACUCUACCCAGCCCAGCCUACCCCGUUCUUCUCCCGAUUCAGCCGUUCCGAACCGUGUUUACGCCCCUGAUCCACCUGAUCUGUUCCUAUGCUCCUGUUGACAACUUGGGGUUUCGUCUCUGCAGGGAGGCUCGUGGAAUCAGUAGCCGUUUCUGGCAGUGGCAGCAGGGCGCACCAUGGAGGGGAUGAGCUGGAGAACGGCGUGCUGUUUAUCGGUGCUCUGCGCCGUGCUGCUGCUCUUGCGCCCGGCCGAGGGCAUCCGCUUCGUGAUCGACAGGGAAGAGUGCUUCUCGCAUAACGUGGAGUACGAGGGGGACACUGUCCAUGUCUCCUUCGUCGUCAUCAAGGCUGACACCCCGUGGCAUUACAGCGAGGAAGGCGUUGAUCUUGUGGUUAAGGAUCCUAAUGGCGGUCAAGUCCGUGAUUCUCGAGAUAAGACUAGUGAUAAGUUUGAGUUCAUAGUUCAGAAGAGAGGUGUCCAUCGCUUCUGCUUCACGAAUAAAUCCCCGUAUCACGAAACUAUAGACUUUGAUGUGCAUGUUGGCCAUUUUUCAUAUUUCGAGCAGCAUGCCAAAGAUGAGCAUUUUGCACCACUUUUCGAGCAAAUAGCCAAGUUAGACGAGGCACUUUACAAUAUUCAGUUCGAACAGCACUGGCUAGAGGCCCAAACUGACCGUCAAGCAAUAUUGAACGAAAACAUGAGCAGGAGGGCAGUACACAAGGCACUCUUCGAAUCAGCGGCACUGAUCGCAGCCAGCGUUAUCCAAGUCUAUCUCCUGCGCCGGCUCUUCGAGCGCAAGCUGGGAACGUCUAGGGUUUAAGACUCUGCUAGAAGCCAACUCCCCCUUGUGGCCACCAUGAUCAUAACCGAUACACCUGUAAUCGAAUGGUUGCUAGAUCAGCUAAUACUGCUUGUUUGUGGACUUUAGUUACAUGUAAUCUUUUGUGAUUCCACAGAUGACAACUCUUCGAGUUUAAACCGUCAAUUUAGCCUUCGUUUUGCCUCA